UUAAUCCAUCUUAGUAUUUCCCAAGACACAGCCACACUGGCACUAAACAAAAAAAAACAUUUGCUGUUAUUCCCAAAGAAUUUCCGUACGAAAUGCGUAAAUAAACCGUUUGUCCGGCCUUAAAAACUGCGGAAGUGCAUACAGCCGAGGUGCCCGGGACCAGUGACAAAGGAGAUAGAGUGCCACAGAGCUUAGAGGCCACAGCGUUCGCAUUUGCAUUUGCAGAGCGGUUGCGGCGUCAUUUCAUUUGUUUCGCAGGCCGCAGUUUUGCCUGUAACUGUUCUUUUCAGUUGCACAACACAAACGCACGACACACCGCGCGGCGUGCUCGGCGGCAUGAGCAGCCAGGGACACCACAAGAUGCAGGGAUGCAGCGGAUCGCAAAGCUCCUCGGGCAAGGCUUCGGGCGGACCGGAGGGCGAGGGUCUGCCCGAUGAGAUCGACCUGGGUGAGCGCUUCUCCGCGGACAUGGCUUGCCUGUGCAUGAACGAACGCUAUGCGGACGUGGAGUUCAUUGUGGAGGAGCAACGACUGCCUGCCCAUCGCGUUGUCCUGGCUGCCCGCAGCGAGUACUUUCGGGCGCUGCUCUACGGCGGCAUGUCGGAGACCACACAACGCCAGAUACCGCUGGAGGUGCCACUGGAUCCGUUCAAGGUGCUGCUGCGCUACAUAUACUCGGGCACCCUGCUGCUGUCCAACCUGGACGAGGAUGCCAUCAUCGAUGUGCUGGGCAUGGCCAAUCAGUAUGGUUUCCAGGACCUGGAGAUGGCCAUCUCCAAGUAUUUGCGUCAAUAUUUGGACCUCAACAAUGUCUGCAUGAUCCUGGAUGCAGCCAGGCUGUACAACUUGGAGGAACUGACGCAGGUUUGCCUCAUGUUUAUGGAUCGCAAUGCGGCGGAGCUGCUGCAGCAUGACUCCUUCAAAAUGCUGUCCAAGGAAUCCCUGGAGGAGGUGCUGCGACGCGACUGCUUCUUCGCCCAGGAAGUACAAAUCUUUCUGGCCGUUUGGAAGUGGAGCCGGUACAACCCCAAUGUAGACAUCAAAUCGGUGGUCAGCUUCGUGCGUCUGCCGCUCAUGAAUCUGGAGCAUCUGCUGCAGGUGGUACGGCCAUCGGGCAUUUUGGAACCCGACAAGAUACUGGAUGCCAUCAGCGAGCGUAGCACCUCCAAGACGCUGCCCUAUAGGGCGGCCCUCUGGCCGGAGGAGAAUGUGGCCACCGCCAAGUACAUGUCGCGUUGCAUUCAGGGCGAAUGCCGCAGUGCCCUGUUGGAUGGCGACGUGACCUCCUACGACAUGGAGCAUGGCUAUACGCGUCACUGCAUCACCGAUGCGAAUGAUGCGGGCAUUGUGGUAGAACUGGGCACCCUCUGCAUGAUCAAUCACAUCCGCAUGCUGCUCUGGGAUAGCGAUAGCAGGGCAUACUCCUACUUUGUGGAGGUAUCCGGCGAUCAGCAGCACUGGGAUCGUGUGGUGGACUACAGUGAGUACCAUUGCCGUUCCUGGCAAUAUUUGUACUUUGCAGCGCGACCCGUGCGCUUCAUCCGCCUGGUGGGUACCCAGAACACGGUCAACAGGGUAUUCCAUGUGGUGGGUCUGGAGGCCAUGCACACGGCCAAAGUGCCGCGCCUGAUUGAUCAUUUUGUGGCGCCCAAGGCGAAUGUGGCCACCAUUGAGAUGAGCGCCAUUGUGACAGACGGCGUAAGCCGCACACGAAAUGCCCUGAUCAACGGCGACUAUGUGCGUUAUGACUGGGACUCGGGGUAUACUUGCCACCAGCUGGGCAGCGGGGAGAUUGUGGUCCGCCUGGGCCAGCCCUACCAUGUGGGCUCCAUGAGGCUUUUGCUGUGGGAUUGCGAUGAUCGCACCUACAGCUUUUACAUUGAGACCUCGACGAAUCGCAAGGACUGGCAAAUGGUGGUGGAUAGGCGCAAUGACAAGGCACGCUCCUGGCAGAAUUUUCACUUUACACCGCGUCCCGUGGUCUUUAUACGCAUCGUGGGCACCAGGAACACGGCGAAUGAGAUCUUUCAUUGUGUCCAUUUGGAGUGUCCCACGCAGGACAAGGGCUAUCUAAAGAAGAUUGCAGACAUGGAGAAGGAGCUGGAGAAGUCCCAGGACAAGUCGAGGGAUGGGGAGAGGGGCAGCAAACAGAUUGAUGACAAUAUAGCCUCCACUUCAGCCUCAUCUAUGCUGGCCCUGGCAGCUAGCACUGCUUCUACCUCCUCCUCCUCCUCCUCCUCCCCCUCCUCAUCGGUGGCUGCCUCUACCAGCAGCCAAAACGGAAUCCUCAAAUCCACCCACUGGCCGCCACAGAUGACGCAGUCUCCCAAGCCCAAGCCCAGUCCAAAUCUGAAUCCAAGCCAGGAGAAAGCAGCCAGCGAAGUGAUCCCACCACCACCUUUGCUGCCAGAACCCCUAAGUCCUGCCAUAACCCCGUCGACGAGGGAUAGCCCCAGCCCUGGCUCCAGUCCAAAUGUCAGCCCCAGUCCCAGUCCAAGCCAAAGCGGCAGUCGAAGCCGUAGCCAGAGCGCCGAGGUAGAGCCAGUGCCGCCCUUGGUGGAGCUGGUGGAUACCAAGGAGACGCACUAAGAAGGACAAGCAAAGCUAUUUUGUACUUGGUCCUCCUUUUUUUUUUUUUUUUUAAAUACUCCUAUGGUCAAAGCCAGAGCUUACCCUAAGCACACACCCAAAACUCACCGCGUGCUGUACUUGUUAUCUAGUCCUUUCCAGCGUCCCGAAAAGCAAUCGCACUGCUAAUUGUUUACAAUCGAAAUUUCCUUUUGUUUAUUAUUAUUAUUAUUAAUAAUGCUUUCCAAAAACUGCAUCGAUAGUGAUCGAAGAUACCGAAAUUCCUUUUGCUUGCAAGGCAGCAGAGUUAUUUAUAUUUCGUAAGCAAUUACCACCUAGUUCUGACGCGAAUUUGUACCCAAAAUUGUAUACGUGUCCACCCCCCGAUCCCCAGGAUCGGUAUCUGUCCAGACCCCGGGUUUAAGGGGUUUCCCCCCUUUAAACCCAGUUAAGCCAGAGACUAGACUCUGGCAUCUUCUUGGGCAGCCCAAAAAGUAAGCUCUAUAAUAUUUAUUAGGCGAAAUUUUGUCAUAGUUUGUACUCUGCACCCAAAAAAUAAAAGCUAACCAAACGUU